AUGACAAAGUGUCGUUGCAUUUGUCUCAUUAUUUGUUGUGUUUUGUUUUUGAAUUUGAAGAUUAUAAAUUCAUCAAGAAGUAAUAAUCGAAUAUCAAAAUUAAAUAACAAUUUCUUGACGGAUAUUCCAAAUAAAUCCGAUAUAUUGCAGUAUUUGGAGAUAAUUGAAAAAGUGACCAAAUUUUAUAGUAAAAAUGUUAAUGAAGUUGAUAUGAAUGUAUAUUUCGGGUUAUUUCUUAGCAAUGUUAAUUUAAAGCGUGCGCUCAUGUACGAAAAGUGGCACAUUUCGGGAUCGGUGUGGAAUUUAAUUAAAAAUUUAAGUUAUGUCAUCGACGAACUUCGAUUUUUUUUCUUAGAUAAUGCUGAGAAGGAUAAUAGACCUGAAAAUAGAGUAAACAAAAAGCUGUUCCGUCUGUUUAGUCAUGAAAUGGAAUGGUUGUAUACACUUGAAAAUUACAAUAUAUCUAAAGUAUUGAAAAAAUACAGGAUCAACAAAAUAAAGGACAUUGUACUAAUAGAUUGGAAUCGAUAUCUAGAAAAAGUAUACAAUGUAGAUGAAGGGGUGCCAAGUCCUAGUGAAUCAGAUCGCUGCUUGGCUUCACUAGCAGAAAAUCGAUUUAAUUAUGGUCAUUUUAAUACCUUAUGUAACGUUGACGAGUUUUGUUAUAAAAUGAUUAAAAAUGGAACUGAUUUGGGCUAUGCCCUUACACACAGAUUGCUGUUUUUACUAUCAGCGCGGUACGGACGAAGCUGUAACAUAUUUUCAAUAGAAGAAGAUUGUUAUCUAUCUGAAAAGUUUUGCUCUAUGUCCUACGUUGAAGCACAAACCAUCGUCAUGCACAAUUUUGGUCUCAUCGACUUGUUAUUGGAAUCGAUGUGCUUAUGUGCUCUAAACGGACACGUGCAAUUUCUUCACCAAUCGUGGUUGCACAAAAUCGCUGACUACCAAACAACGGCAGGGUGCUUCAGUCAAACCAUAAACAACGAAAUCGUUCAGAAACAAGAACCUCGCGAAUGGAUGCUAAACAGAGGGGGUGAUCGGAAUAUAAUAUUAUUAUCUGGUUCUUGUAAUGGACAUGUCACCGCAUUGGCCAUUGCCACAUAUUCUUCGGCUGUUAGGUUGAUUAUUGAAAAUGUGUAUUAGUUG